AUGAUAUUGAUAUGUUAUGUCUAUAGAAAUCCAAUGUUUGUAUGUUCAGCAAUUGUUCAAGUAAAUGGAUCAUCAUUUAUUGAUGAUAAUUAUCGUACAUCGACUACAGCAUAUCGUCGACAUAGGCAAAUUUCAAUUAUAAAAUGUAUUGAACAACAUUUUGCACAAUUUCAAGAUAAUAUUAAUCCAUUACAUCUUAAACCUUUACAAAUUGUUAGAUAUGAAAAUAAUCAAGAGGUUUGA